AUGUGUGACUGUUUCCACCUGGCGUUCCCCAACUGGCACGCCGCCUCCUCCGGGACGGCCGGUCGGAGGCUGAGAGCACCGGAGCCCGGGACAGAGGACGACUCGGUGUGUGACGAGCCGUCUCAGUUCACUGAGGGAGAGAGGCCACGCCCCCAGGGAUCGUCCCCCGUCGAGGAGUUUCCUGAAAAAUACACAAACGGCGACAAAGAGUGUGAAGCAGAGCAUGACCCACGCCACAAGAGUGGAGGUGGAAAGAAAAGUAAAAAGUCUGGGCUCGGGUCCAUGUUUGAAAAGCGCUCGACUUCGAAGAUGAGUAAACUGAAGGAAGCUCACAGCCCCGAGUCGGAGGUGAUCGUGAAGACCGCCACAGACGGAAGUGCAGAGGGUCUCGUUUACCGUGGGGGCGGCAAAGAGGGGAUCUUCAUUAAGGGAGUGGUGCCAGAGUCCCCGGCCUCGAAAAGUCUGAAAAUGAAAGAAGGUGAUCAGAUUCUGAGCGCCACCGUGUAUUUUGACAACGUGCCGUACGAGGACGCCGUUCAGAUCCUGGAGCACGCUCAGGCCUACAGGGUCGAGCUCUGCCUGAAACGCAAACCAGAGAUCACCGAGACCGAAGCAGCCAUGGAGUCCGACGUCAUCCCUGAGGAGGAGCUUGGCGCUCCAGCGAUGAGGGAACAAGGAAAAACCAAAAGGCGUGGCGAUGCUCGUAUUUCCUGGCCCAAGUUUCCCUCCUUCGGAAAAGGGCGGAAGACCCGUUUCACGAGGUCUCACAGUUCCUCGGAGGCCGAUGAGCAGAGGAAGCUGGAGCUCAGUCCCACAACAAGUGACACAGAGUCACCGAUAAAGACUCAGGAUACUCUCAAAGGCAAGAAGAGGCACAAGAUGAAGCUGUCUCUCCUGACAAAGAGAAGCCGAAUAAGUUCAUCUGAAGACAACGACGCUCCAACAAACGGACAAACCAACAGCGACGUUUACCAGACGGCUUCAGAGAUGCUCUCGCCUGAAUACCCCGACAGCCUCUCAGGAGACACACCUCAGGUCUACGUAACCGAAGAACUACGACUUGACCAGAAGGAUCUGACUGAACCAAAAGCUGCUCAACACAAGGUGGACCUCAUCUGUGUAGACAGCACUUUGAAAACAGCAGAUCUAACCGUGGCUCUGGCUGAUCAGGGAAGCUCCUCUGGUAUCAAGUCCCCGACGGAGAAGAAAAAGAAGAAGGAAAAGUCUGAGUUGAAAGUUAAAAUUUUGGGGAAAGAUAAAUCACACAAGAAGGAUGCAAAAGCAAAGGCCUCCCCGAAAAGGCUGAAGACUCUGGGGGCAAGUAUUGAAAUAGCAGAUCAACCUGUGAAGGAAAAAUCCGAUUCCCACACGGACCUGCAGAGAGAUCAGACACCACUGGAGGCCAACUCCCAGAUCAUCAGCAGCGAAGCCUCAAGGGCCAAGCUGGUGACAUCACAGAUGGAAGUGAGUGUACCAAAGGUUGAACUGGAUAUUUCCGAUAUCUCAUUUUUUGGAAAAUCUCAUCAGAAAGGUGAAGAACCAACAAAGAAAGACAAGGAAGCGAAACAAAAAAAGGAAACAAAAACAUGUCCAUCGUUCAAACUGCCUAAAAUUGGCCUAGGUGACAUAGCUACUGAGGAAACUAUACAAACAAGUGUAAAUGCUGAAUGCCCGACUAAAAUGGAAAAGCAUAUCGCUGAGGGUCCAGCACUGAAAGAUGAUCCUUACGACCGCCUGUCCAAAAGCAGUCAGUCCAGAACACAACUUCCCAAACGUGAAGACAUUGAGAUCCCAGGUAUGGAGGACAUGUCUCUGAGAACCAAGGCCAAAGGAAUUAAAGAGCCUAAAGCGGUUUCAGCAGGACGUUAUAAAGGCAUUCAAACCGAAGAUGUACAAAUGUCAAUCGAUGUCGACAGCGUGAAAGAGGCAGUUUCGAAAUUGCCCGGAUUUAAGCUUCCAAAGAUGGACACGUUUGGAAUGCCAAUUCCUGAAGAAAUUACUGUGAUAGAUGCAAACGCACAAAGAAUAUCUGUGAAAACACCGACUAAAGUCGCAGAUACAAGAUCCAAACAUGAGGCGCACCUUAUUAAGUUUGACCUAGCAGCUGCUGAUUUAACCUCUGAGGAACUUUUGAUUCAGACCAAGGUAGAUUACAAAAUACCUGAAAAAGUCUUCAACAUCACCACCAAACAAAGUGACUACGAGAUGCAAAGUGAAAUCCAUAAACGGGAGGAUAUUGUAAUUCCAGGCAUAGAAAGUGGGAGGAAAGAGACGAUAUUGCUCCAAGAAGUAACAACAUCACAAACUGAAACAAGGAAAGACAAGGGGCGGAUAGGAGGAGUCAUAUCUGACGUGAAAGUACCGGAACUCGAUAGCAUCGAUUACAUUGAUUCAGUAAGUGGUUCACCAGCCGAUCGGGGCGGUGGAAUUAGUCUUAGAGGCUUUGGUGUUCAUCUUGAUGCUACAAGGCCAAGGGCGGACAUCUCCUCUGCAGACAUCAGAGGUGAAGACAGAGAAGUUGGACCAGAGAAGCUGGAAAAGAAUAUAAACAUUGAUGGAGCAGAGAUAAAAGUAGUUCAGAGAAGAGAUGAGAUCAAGUAUAAAUUACCGAAUGUUGGUGUUAGUCUCCGAAGUGUAGAUGUUGCUAUACAGGAGCAAAAGGUGGAAGUUGGAAAACCUGAGGUGGAAAUCAAACCUCUUCAGACUGAGGUGGAACUUGAUGGUGAAGGAAGCAAAUUCAAGAUGCCAAAGCUUGGAAUCAAGUUGCCAAAAAUAAAAGGCCCUGAAUUUGAUCUUAGCUCCUCCAAGAAAGAGAUUGAAGUCAAACUCCCAGAAGGUAAAGCUGGGGUCAAACUCCCAGAAGCUCCUGAGGUCAAUCUCACUCUUCGAAGCGUUGAUGUUUCUAUUCCAGAACAAAUGGUGGAAGUUAGAAAACCUGAGGUGGAAAUCACACCUCUUCAGACUGAGGUUGAUCUCGAUGGACAAGGAAGCAAAUUCAAGAUGCCAAAGCUUGGAAUCACACUGCCCCAAAUAAAAGGACCUGAAUUUGAUCUUAGCUCGUCCAAGAAAGACAUUGAAGUCAAACUCCCAAAAGCUAAAGCUGGAGUAAAACUCCCAGAAGCUCCUGAAGUCAACGUUACUCUUGGAACUGUAGAUGUUUCUAUUCCGGAACAAAUGGUGGAAGUUAGAAAACCUGAAUUGGAAAUCAAACCUCUUCAGACUGAGGUUGAAUUUGAUGGACAAGGAAGCAAGUUCAAGAUGCCAAAGUUUGGAAUCAAACUGCCCCAAAUAAAAGGUCCUGACUUUGAUUUGAGUUUGUCUCAGAAAGAUGGAGAUGUCAAACUACCAAAAGCUAAAGCUGGGGUCAAACUCCCAGAAGCUCCAGGGGUCAACGUUACUCUUGGAACUGUAGAUGUUUCUAUUCCAGAACAAAAGGUGGAAAUCAAAAAACCUGAGGUGGAAAUCAAACCUCUGCAGACUGAGGUUGAUCUUGAUGGACAAGGAAGCAAGUUCAAGAUGCCAAAGUUUGGAAUCUCAAUGCCAAAAGUAAAAGGGCCUGACAUUGACUUAAGCUUCUCAAAGAAAGACGCAGGUGUCACACUACCAGAAUUUAAAGCUGAGGGGAAACUUCCAGAUGCUCCUGAGAUUGAUGCCAGUCUGGGAAAUGUAGAUGUUUCUAUUUCAGCACAAAAGAUGGAGGCCAAAAAGGCUAAAUUGCAAGUCAAACCCCUGAAGAUCGAAGGUCAACCUGACGGACAAGGAAGCAAGUUUAAAAUGCCAGAGCUAGGAAUCACAAUGCCACAAGUAAAAGGACCUGAGAUUAAUUUUGGGCUAUCAAAGAAAGAUGAAGAUGUCUCACUUCCAGAAGCCAAAGCUGAAGUAAAAGUCCCUGAAGUGAAAGCUCAAACACCUGAGAAAAAAGUGACACCAAAACGUACAGAAGGUUCCGCAUUAAAAUUCAAGAUGCCAUCAUUCAAUCUACCAAAAUUUGGAAUUGGAGCUCCAAACAUCUCGGUAGAAGCACAUGAUAUCGAUAAAGAUGUUAAAAUUGAUGGAGCUGACCUGAAAAUCCCAGAAGAUGGGUCUGCUAUUAAGAUUUCAGCUCCCAGCAUUGACAUUAAGGGUCCUUCAAUAGAUCUGAAAACAACUGGAACUGACCAGGAUGGACAAGGAAGCAAAUUGAAAAUGCCACAUCUUCCAAAAGUAAAAGGUCCUGAAUUUGAUUUAAGCUUUUCAAAGAAAGACGCAGAUAAAGCUGAUGUUACUCUUGGAAGCAUAGAUGUUUCUGUUCCGGGGCAAAAGAUGGAAGUUGGAAAACCUGAGCUGGAAAUCAAACCUCUUCAGACUGAGGUUGAUCUUGAUGGACAUGGAAGAAAGUUCAAAAUGCCAAAGUUUGGAAUCUCAAUGCCAAAAGUAAAAGGGCCUGACAUUGAUUUAAGCUUCUCAAAGAAAGAUGUAGAAGUCAAAUCACCAGAAGCUACGUCUGAGUUUAAAUUCCCAGACGCUCCAGAAAUUGAUGUUAAGCUUGGAAAAGCAGAAGUUUCAAUUCCACAUGUAAAGAUGCAGGCUGAAAAACCUGAACUGGAGAUGAAACCCUUGGAGACUCAAGUGGAACUUGACGGACAUGGAAGCAAGUUCAAAAUGCCAAAGUUUGGAAUCACAAUGCCAAAAGUAAAAGGACCAGAAAUUGAUUUCAGCUUAUCGAAGAAAGAUGUAGAUGUCAGACUACCAGACGCCAAAGCAGAGGUCAGUCUCCCUGAUGUUGAACUAAAAGAACCUUCUACCAAAGUGGAGGUGAAAGCUCCUGAAAUUAAAGUUGCAACUAAAGAUACAAGUGGAUCACCCUCAAGGUUCAAAAUGCCAACUUUUAGUUUCUCUAAACCUAAAGUCAAAGUGCCUGAUAUAGAUUUAAACGUAUCAAAGAAAGACACAGACAUCACAUCAACAGUCAAACUCCCAGAAGCCCCGAAAGUAGAUGUUAGUCUUGGAAAAGCAGAAGUGUUGAUACCAGAAGUGAAAGUGGAAGUUAAAAAGCCUGAUGUGCAAAUAAAACCGGUGCAAGCUGAUGUUGAAUAUGAAGGACAAGGAGGCAAGUUCAAAAUGCCAAAGUUUGGGAUCUCAAUGCCAAAAGUAAAAGGGCCUGACAUUGAUUUAAGCUUCUCAAAGAAAGAUGUAGAAGUCAAAUCACCAGAAGCUACGGCUGAGUUUAAACUCCCAGAUGCUCCAGAAAUUGAUGUUAAGCUUGGAAAAGCAGAAGUUUCGAUUCCAGAUGUAAAGAUGGAGGUUGAAAAACCUGAACUGGAAAUUAAACCCUUAGACACACAAGUUGAACUUGACAGACAUGGAAGCAAGUUCAAAAUGCCAAAGUUUGGAAUCACAAUGCCAAAAAUAAAAGGCCCUGAAUUUGAUCUUAGCUGGUCCAAGAAAGACAUUGAUGUCACAAUACCAGAUGCUAAAGCUGGAGUCAAACUCCCAGAAGCUCCUGCAGUUGAUGUCACUCUUGGAAGUGUAGAUGUUUCUAUUCCAGAGCAAAAGGUGGGAGUUGAAAAACCUGAGCUGGAAAUCAAACCUCUUCAGACUGAGGUUGAUCUUGACGGACAUGGAAGCAAGUUCAAAAUGCCAAAGUUUGGGAUCACAAUGCCAGAAGUAAAAGGACCAGAAUUUGAUUUCAGCUUAUCAAAGAAAGAUGUAGAUGUCAGACUACCAGAAGCCAAAGCAGAGGUCAGCCUCCCUGAUGUUGAAGUAAAGGGACCUUCUGCAAAAGUAGACAUUAAAUCUCCUGAAAUUAAAGUUGCAGCUAAAGAUACAAGUGGAUCUCCUUCAAGAUUCAAAAUGCCAACUUUUAGUUUCUCUAAACCUAAAGUCAAAGUCCCUGAUAUAGAUUUAAACGUAUCAAAGAAAGACACAGACAUCACAUCAACAGUCAAACUCCCAGAAGCCCCGAAAGUAGAUGUUAGUCUUGGAAAAGCAGAAGUGUUGAUACCAGAAGUGAAAGUGGAAGUUAAAAAGCCUGAAGUGCAAAUAAAACCUUUGCAGGCUGAUGUUGAAUAUGAAGGACAAGGAGGCAAGUUCAAAAUGCCAAAGUUUGGAAUCUCUCUGCCAAAAGUAAAAGGGCCUGACGUUGACUUAAGCUUCUCAAAGAAAGAUGUAGAAGUCAAAUCCCCAGAAGCUACGGCUGAGUUUAAACUCCCAGAAGCUCCAGAAAUUGAUGUUAAGCUUGGAAAAGCAGAAGUUUCAAUUCCAGGUGUUAAGAUGGAGGUUGAAAAACCUGAACUGGAGAUGAAACCCUUAGACACUCAAGUUGAAUUUGACGGACAUGGAAGCAAGUUCAAGAUGCCAAAGUUUGGAAUCACAAUGCCAAAAGUAAAAGGACCAGAAAUUGAUUUCAGCUUAUCGAAGAAAGAUGUAGAUGUCAGACUACCAGAAGCCAAAGCAGAGGUCAGUCUCCCUGAUGUUGAACUAAAGGAACCUUCUGCAAAAGUGGAGGUGAAAGCUCCUGAAAUUAAAGUUGCAACUAAAGAUACAAGUGGAUCACCCUCAAGGUUCAAAAUGCCAACUUUUAGUUUCUCUAAACCUAAAGUCAAAGUGCCUGAUAUAGAUUUAAACGUUUCAAAGAAAGACACAGACAUCACAUCAACAGUCAAACUCCCAGAAGCCCCGAAAGUUGAUGUUAGUCUUGGAAAAGCAGAAGUGUUGAUACCAGUAGUGAAAGUGGAAGUUAAAAAGCCUGAAGUGCAAAUAAAACCGGUGCAAGCUGAUGUUGAAUACGAAGGACAAGGAGGCAAGUUCAAAAUGCCAAAGUUUGGGAUCUCAAUGCCAAAAGUAAAAGGGCCGGGUAUUGACUUAAGCCUCUCAAAGAAAGAUGUAGAAGUCAAAUCACCAGAAGCUAUGGCUGAGUUUAAAUUCCCAAAAGCUCCAGAAAUUGAUGUUAAGCUUGGAAAAGCAGAAGUUUCAAUUCCAGAUGUAAAGAUGGAGGUUGAAAAACCUGAACUGGAGAUGAAACCCUUAGAGACUCAAGUUGAACUUGACGGACAUGGAAGCAAGUUCAAGAUGCCAACGUUUGGAAUCACAAUGCCAAAAGUAAAAGGACCAGAAAUUGAUUUCAGCUUAUCGAAGAAAGAUGUAGAUGUCAGACUACCAGAAGCCAAAGCAGAGGUCAGUCUCCCUGAUGUUGAACUAAAGGAACCUUCUGCAAAAGUGGAGGUGAAAGCUCCUGAAAUUAAAGUUGCAACUAAAGAUACAAGUGGAUCACCCUCAAGGUUCAAAAUGCCAACUUUUAGUUUCUCUAAACCUAAAGUCAAAGUGCCUGAUAUAGAUAUAAACGUUUCAAAGAAAGACACAGACAUCACAUCAACAGUCAAACUCCCAGAAGCCCCGAAAGUUGAUGUUAGUCUUGGAAAAGCAGAAGUGUUGAUACCAGAAGUGAAAGUGGAAGUUAAAAAGCCUGAAGUGCAAAUCAAACCUUUGCAAGCUGAUGUUGAAUAUGAAGGACAAGGAGGCAAGUUCAAAAUGCCAAAGUUUGGGAUCUCAAUGCCAAAAGUAAAAGGGCCUGACAUUGACUUAAGCUUAUCCAAGAAAGAUGUAGAUGUGACACUACCCGGGGCCAAAGCAGAGGUCAAACUCCCUGAUGUGGAACUCAAAGACCCUUCUGCUAAAGUGGAAAUCAAAGCCUCUGAGACUGAAGGUCAUGUGGACGGAUCGUCAUCAAAAUUUAAAAUGCCAACAUUCAAAUUUCCUAAAUUUGGAAUUGCCACCCCAAAUGUCACUGUGGAGGUACCUGAUAUGGACAAAGACAAAGCUACAGUUGAUAUUGAAGCACAGAAAGUUGAUAUUGAGGGUCCAUCUCUUGAUGUGAAGAUGACAGCAACUGAAGGGGAGGGAAAAGAAAGCAAGUUCAAAAUGCCAAGUUUUGGAAUAUCUCUGCCAAAGGUGCAAGGGCCCAAAAUUGAUUUAAGCUUAUCCAAGAAAGAUGUAGAUGUCAAAUCACCAGAGGCUACAGCUGAGUUUAAACUCCCAGGCGCUCCAGAGAUUGAUGUUAAGCUUGGAAAAGCAGAAGUUUCAAUUCCAGAUGUGAAGAUGGAAGUUGGAAAACCUGAGCUGGAAAUCAAACCUCUUCAGACUGAGGUUGAUCUUGACGGACAUGGAAGCAAGUUCAAAAUGCCAAAGUUUGGAAUCACAAUGCCAAAAGUAAAAGGACCAGAACUUGAUUUCAGCUUAUCAAAGAAAGAUGUAGAUGUCGGACUACCAGAAGCCAAAGCAGAGGUCAGCCUCCCUGAUGUUGAAGUAAAGGAACCUUCUGCAAAAGUAGACAUUAAAGCUCCUGAAAUUAAAGUUGCAGCUAAAGAUACAAGUGGAUCUCCUUCAAGAUUUAAAAUGCCAACUUUUAGUUUCUCUAAAUCUAAAGUCAAAGUCCCUGAUAUAGAUUUAAACGUAUCAAAGAAAGACACAGACAUCACAUCAACAGUCAAACUCCCAGAAGCCCCGACAGUUGAUGUUAGUCUUGGAAAAGCAGAAGUGUUGAUACCAGAAGUGAAAGUGGAAGUUAAAAAGCCUGAAGUGCAAAUCAAACCUUUGCAGGCUGAUGUUGAAUAUGAAGGACAAGGAGGCAAGUUCAAAAUGCCAAAGUUUGGAAUUUCAAUGCCAAAAGUAAAAGGGCCUGACAUUGACCUAAGCUUCUCAAAGAAAGAUGUUAACUCACCAGAGGCUACGGCUGAGUUUAAACUCCCAGAAGCUCCAGAAAUUGAUGUUAAGCUUGGAAAAGCAGAAGUUUCAAUUCCAGAUGUAAAGAUGGAGGUGGAAAAACCUGAACUGGAGAUGAAACCCUUAGACACUCAAGUUGAAUUUGACGGACAUGGAAGCAAGUUCAAAAUGCCAAAGUUUGGAAUCACAAUGCCAAAAGUAAAAGGACCAGAAAUUGAUUUCAGCUUAUCAAAGAAAGAUGUAGAUGUCAGACUACCAGAAGCCAAAGCAGAGGUCAGUCUCCCUGAUGUUGAACUAAAGGAACCUUCUGCAAAAGUGGAGGUGAAAGCUCCUGAGAUUGAAGCUCAGUUGGGCAGCAUGAAAGAAUCCCCAUCAAAGUUUAAACUCCCAACAUUUAAAUUCCCCAAAUUUGGAGGUGCUACUCCAAAUGUCAGCGUUGAAGUACCUGAUACAGAACACGAAAUCAAGAUUGAUGGAGCUGGGAUAUCUGUGCCAGACACAGAUGUUGAUGUGGAAGUGAAAGGAGGGGAAGUGGAUAUGAAAUCACCAGAAGUUGAAGCAGAGAUUGACAGACAAGGAAGCAAGUUUAAAAUGCCAAAGUUUGGCAUCUCAAUGCCAAAGGUGACUGGGCCUGAAAUGGAUUUAAGUUUAUCAAAUAAAGAUGUAGACGUGAAAAUACCAGAGGCCAAAGCUGAAGUCAAACUCCCUGACGUUGAUCUGAAGGCACCGUCUGCUGAGGUGGAAAUCAAACCUCCUGAGAUCAAAGUUGUGACAAAGGACACAGAUGGAUCGCCAUCUAAAUUUAAAAUGCCAACAUUCAAAUUACCCAAAUUUGGAAUUGGCGCUCCAAGCUCCACCAUAGAAGUACCUGAUAUAGACAAAGAUGUAAAGAUCAAUGGAGGUGAGAUUAAAAUUCCUAAAGAGGUUGUUGCAGUGGACAUUGCAGCACCAAGCAUUGAUACUGAAGGUCCAUCAAUAGAUUUGAAAAGUACAGCAACUGAACGCGAAGGAAAAGGAAGUAAGUUUAAAAUGCCAAGUCUCAGUUUUUCUGUGCCUCAAGUCAAAAGCCCUGACGUGGAUUUAAGCUCAUCAAAGGCCGGUGUAGAUGUGACUUUACCAGAAGCUAAAGCUGAUGUUCAGCUCCCUGAUGUUGAAGUGAAGGAACCAUCUGCCAAAGUGGAAAUUAAAGCUCCUGGAAUUGAAGUUCACGCAAGUAAUGUCGAAUCAAAGUUUAAAAUGCCAACAUUCAAAUUACCAAAAUUUGGAGCUUCCACAGCACCGGUCGGCGUGGAGGUCCCUGAUGUGGACAUUAAAGUGGACGGGGAGGAUUUGAACUUACCAGAAGCAAAAGCUGAAGUCAAACUUCCUGAAGUUGAAAUCAAAGAGCCGGUUCAGGGUUCGAUAUCAAUUGAUAUGGCAGAGGAAGGAAAUGUUGAAGUUACAACAUCUGAUGCGGAUCUGAAACUACCAGAAGGUGAUGUAAAAGUAGACGGGCAGGAAAGCAAGUUUAAAAUGCCAAAGUUUGGCAUCUCAAUGCCAAAAGUAAAAGGACCUGAUAUUGAUUUAAGCUUAUCAAAGAAAGAUGUAGAUGUGACACAACUCAAGGCUGAGGUUGAAGUCCCAGAAGUUAGAGUCAUCCAACCUGAAAUGGAAAUUAAAGCUCCUGAACUCAAUGUGAAACAUACUGAUGCUGGGGGAUCGCCAUUAAAGUUUAAAAUGCCAACAAUGAAAAUGCCGAAAUUUGGAGGUGCUAGCUAUGAAGUCACGGUAGAAGCACCUGACGCAGACAAAGCUGAAAAAGAUGGAGCUAAACUUCAGGAGGAUGUUCCUGUCGAGAUUAAAGCUCCAGGUGUUGAUGUAAAAACUGACUCUGAAACACCAAAGACUGAGACUGACAGUGCUGGUCAUGGAUCUCCGAGUAGAUUCAAACUACCAUCCUUUAAAAUGCCGAAGCUGAGUUUCUCAAAACCCAAACCCGAAGAAGAACAUGGUGACCACGACGGCCAAGAAGUUCAGCCAGAAACAGAAGAACAGACCAAAACCCCAAACCUGACUUUGACAGCGAUUGGUGAAAUCUUCAAGAACAUUGAUGUUGAAUUUGAUGUUUCACCAACAGACAAAGUGGAAGACAAUCUUGAAGCCUCAAAGGAAGCUCAUGUGGAAAGCAGUGGAAAGCAGUUGGAUGCAAAGGAAAAGGAAACAAACGCCAAGGAGGAUACUCCCAAAAGUCCCGAGAGGACAGGGUGGUUUAAAUUCCCCAAGUUUGGUCUGUCCUCCCCAUCGGAAUCUGCCAGGACCCCGGAAAAAGACGAGCACAAGAAUGGAACGACCCCAGAAACCGGGGAUGAGGAAGUAAGCCCCACCUUCUCUGUCCAGUCGUCAGACGCUUUUGCCGACAUCAGCUCGACAAUGACCAGCGUGACCGUCGGCCCGUCCUUAUCUUCUCCAACCAAGGUCACUGUCAAAUACUCUGAUCCCCACGCUGCUCUGAGCCCCGAAGAGAUUCACGGCAACGUCAUCACUUCAACCACGAGGACCGAAGUGAUUUCCUUUGAGCCAAACUUGCCCGAGAAAAUCACCAUCCUGUCAUCGGGAGUUUCGUCGUCAUCAGAAGACACGUUCAGAGCGGAUCCUGGACUCUUAGACGCCAUUACAGCAAAGCUCGGAAGACGUGUUCAGCUCGGAUCUCCUCUCGAGUCACAAGGUGAGGGAGCUGCUUCGUGGGCGGUCGAAGAUUCACCCGACAAGUGGUCGAUCUUCGGCGGCGACUUUGUUCGAGAAACAUCGAGUGAAAGAAGUGAGAGCAAGGGAACAGUCGUCAUAACCAAACAAAUUACACGUGUGUACGAAUCCUCUGAGCAAACCUCAAGUGACACGGCGACUUCCAUCCAGCGGCUGAAAGACUCGAUGCACUCGGACAAAAUGAGGUUCUUCGACGGAGCCGAGAAGUGA